AUUCGGCCGAAGAAGCUGAAGAACAAAGAUUUGACGCAUUAACUUCAAUGUUGACGAAAAGUGACUCUAUAAAAAAAAACCAAUCUAAAAUCAAUAAAAAGUUUAAUGCUUCAAAGAAAACAAAAUCUAAUAAGGUUAAUUAUUAUCCUAUUGACGAUUCCAUAGAGCGCAUUCCUUCAGAUUUGACAGAUAAUUCUUUACCAAGCAUUAGCGAAAUAUUGGGAAUUAGUGAAAAGGAGAUUCAGUCAGACUUUGGCAUUCAUGGUGCUGAUAUUGUAGUAAGGAGCAUGUCUUCAAUUUCUUCUCAUAAUGAGCCAGAUGGUGUUAAUGAAAAUGAAGAAUUAUCUGAUUCAAUGGAGUGUGAAGAAUGUCACUUUCUUACUCGAAGUCUAAAAAUUUCUUCUGAAAGCAAUAAUAUUAAUAAUACCACGAGCGUAAAUUAUCCAAUCGUAUUAAUAACUGACCCUCCACCAACUAUUUCAUUGAAUAAUGACAAGCAGGAAUUGGUACAUGGUAAAAAACGUAGAAUUCCACCAGACACGUUAUAUAAUAAAGAAAGUAAAUAUUUGAAGAGAAAACGUGUACAAUAUACUUCGUCAGAAUCCGAUUCUAAUAAAACUACACCAGAAACUACAUCUUAUCAAGAAAAUGAUGAUGAUAACGAAUUUAUGGAAAAGUAUCAGGAACUGCAAUUAACUACUAUCAAAAAAGAUAAAGUUUGGCUUCUAAAAAAUACCUUUGAAAGUAUUCAGCUUUGUCAAUUUGAAACCUAUGGAGACAAACUUUUCUUUAAAAUCAACUUGAUCGAAAAACUACUUACCGAAAACCUUGACCACCUCUUUAAGCCCGAUGAAGAUGUUAUCCAUUUUUCACUUCAAUCCUUACCUUUUUAUUCGCAAAGUUUUGAGUUAUUAGAUAAUUGCAUUAAAGCAUGGAAUAGACACUAUAAAAUGAUUAAGUCUCUCAAGAUCGAAGUUCAAGAGAAAAAUUUAAAAAUGUUAUAUAAAUUUCGGGAUCUUUUGCUACGUUUGAUCACAGCAUUAGUAACAGAUUAUGAGCAAAAGGAGAAAAGAAGCCCUCCCUUCAGAACUUUACGUGUACUUGUCAGCAACAAAAUUAAAUCAAUUUUACAAAUUGAUGAAAGGCAUGAACGAAGGUAUUGGAACGCAACAUGGCGAUUAAUUGAAUUAUUAAAUUUAACGCAAUGUCCGGCCUUAAUUCUUGUGAAAUCUGGUGUUAAUUCAAGCUUUUUGAAAAAAGCUUCUAAUGAUGAUUAUGACAAAUUUUUCAAAAAACUUUUGAACAAUGAAGAAGCAUAUCAUAAAACGCCUAAAUUUGACAACUCAUUAAUAAAAAAAAUUAAAGAGAAGUUAGAAUUAUGA